AUGCUACCGCCAGCAGGAAAAGUCACUUUUUGGCACGAGGGAAAUAAGAAUGACUACGAACAGGCCAGGGAGCUUUGGUCGAGAGUCAUGUCGGAUGAGGAGAAGAAGAACGCCCGCAAGAACACUGCCAAGUGGCUAGCACGCUUCAAUUACUCCGAGAUCACGCUGUACAACAUCUCCCCCGACUAUGCGAGUGGAGUAUACAGGAUGUGCUUGAGUUAG